GGAAUGGCAAAGGGGUCUGCAAGCAGAUGCUCGAGACCACGCUGGGCAAAUACUACGGCGGCAUGUCCAAGGACGCCGUGGUCAAGGCCCCCGGACAACGCCCGCCGUCCAAGGGCGCUGCCACGGGCUACCUCGCCGAGCUCCUGGGGAAAAGGGUGGCCGUAACGGACGAGACGAGUCCGGGGGAGCGCGUGGACCUUGGGCUCGUGCUAAUGAUGACCGGCGGGGGCAAGGUCACAUCCCGGCUCCUCUACCAGAACAACGCCUCGUUCCGGUUCACCCACACGCCCUUCAUCCAGACCAACUACGACCCCGAGAUCCCCCCAACCCUGGCGAAGCAGCCCAACAUCGAACGGCGCCUCAUCGUGGUCCGCUUCCCAAACGAGUACGUGUCGGAAAACAAGUUCGACGAGACCAACCCCAGCCACAGGCACGUGGACGUUGGGCUGAAGGACCGGAUGGAGACUCCAGCGGUCCGCGAAGAGUUCCUCACGUUUUUGGUCCAGGGCAGCCGGGCUUGGUACGAGGACCCCACGGUCUUGCGUCGGCACCCGCCGGCCGUCCAGGCGGCCGCGACGGCGUGGCUGCGCCGCGGAGACAAGCUGCAGACCUUCUUGCAGUCGGAGCACUGCGCGCACGACCUGGCGGACACGCCCGACAGCGCCAAGACCAUCACCUGGGAGGACGAGUUCUGGAUGCGGUUCCAGCAGUUUGUGGCAGGGGUCAAGAUCGCCAAGGAGGAGUUGGCGAGGCAGAUGCGAGAGAAGGGCUUUGUGAGAACGAAGCGGGUUGGGCGUUUUGACGGGUCGUCCCAGCGGAGCUCCUGCUACGUAGGCUUCAAGUGCGAGUAG